GCCGCUUCAAACGGACACGACCGUGUAGUCAAGUUACUAGCCCAGACAGGCCAAGUCGACGCCGAUAUGAAAGACACGCAGCGCGGUCGGACACCGUUGUCAUGGGCAGCCGCGCAGGGUCACACGGCCGUAGUCUCGCUGCUGCUAGAUUUGAGCCAGGUCAACAAGGAUAACUUCCAUCGAACGCCACUAUCUUGGGCCGCGGAAAACGGAAAUGAAGCUAUGGUGAAGUUGCUGAUCGAGAUGGGCCAAGCGGACGUGAGCGCCAAGGACGAGGAAGGCCAUACUCCUCUAUCCUUGGCAGCAGCGAACGGACAUGAAGGUGUAACCAAGCUGCUGAUUGAGAUUGGCCGCGCGGACGUCGAUUCGAAGAAUGUCUUUGGUCAGACGCCGCUAUCGCAUGCUACUAGGAAUGGGCACCAGGCUGUAGUUAAGAUACUUUUG